AUGACGUCGACAGGUGACGCCGCUACUCUGGUGUCUGAAUCCGGAGGCACCAAUACCGGCAGAGGCAGCACCACAGAUGCCACCUUCGGCAUUGUUGCCGGCGGGGUUGACGAAGAGCAGCGCUCUGGCGGUGCCGGCACGAGGCCACCGUUCUCGUACGCGGAACUCAUCGCUAUGGCCAUAGUGCAGUCGCCGCACAGGAGGGCGAUGCUGUCGGAGAUCUACUCCUACGUCGCGAGCCGCUUCCCCUACUACGCUGCCAGGAAGAAGUUUUUGCAGAAGAUGAUCAGCAACAACGUGGCACGCUACAGUUGCUUCGUCAAGUUGCCACAGGAAGGCGGCAAGCUCAAACGCCACUACUGGAUGCUCGACCCACAAUACGAACACACGUUCGAGAGUGGAAAAUUUCGCCCCCGCCGGCGUGUGAAGCGGCCGUUGCACUCUGGCCCAGUUUCGGAGGGGCACGCGAACGGAGUGCAUUCUCACAACGGCGAGCACCGACUCCGCGGGCACGACCCCCGUCGCCGGCAGCACCGCACUGGCAUGUCGGAACACCUGCAGCUGCUGGAGAACGCCACCGAGUCGCUGCUCGGACACUCGGCGCUCCGGGCUGCCGCUGGGAGUGGACGUGUCCGAGGCGACACUCUGUCACCUCCCGCCUACCCGCACUAUCCCAGUACCGCCACCCCGCCUGAGGUUGGCAACGGUGACCGGGCAGCCCCCAACUCGUCCCACCCUGGCAGCGGCCACACCCCGGCGUCGGACAAAACGGUGUCGACAGGCGACACGACUGUUCCGGCAUCCACAUCCGGUGUCACCGUCAACGGAAGCGGCAGUGGCACUGGUAUCGACAGUGUGGGAACCACCGCGGGCAGUGCUGGCAGAGAGGUGGGCGAGGAGCAGCGCCUCAGCGACGCUGGUUCUGCCAGCACGAAGCCACCGUUCAGCUACACAGAGCUCAUUGCUAUGGCAAUAGAGCAUUCUCCACACAGGAGGGCAUUACUGCCACAGAUCCACGCCUACAUCGCGAGCCACUUUCCGUACUACGGGCCCGACCAGAAGGGCUGGCAGAUGGCGAUCAAGAACAGACUGUCGAGCAGCAAGUGCUUCGUCAAAGUGCCGCAGGAAGUCGACAAGCGCAAGGGGAACUACUGGACGGUCGACCCACAAUAUGAGGACUUGUUGAAAAAGGGCGCCUUCCGCCUGCACCGGUCCGUGGGACUGGUGACCACCCCCGACGUGGCGCACGGACCUGACUCCACGUACCAGUCGUACCUUGCACGCUGCCCGCAACACCACAAUGCCGGCCCGUCAGUACGACCUCAGCCGGUCGAUGUUGCUGACGGGUCACCGUCUGAGCCUUCGGCCCUCCGAGCUGCUGUCGACGCUGGGGACGGGAGCAUCGGGGACGAAGACGAAGGUGUCGGAGGUGGCUCUUUGCUACCUUCGACCUACACUACCUUUCCCGGCUGUGACUACGGGACUGCUACCCCGACCUCGACAAGCCUGUCGUGCUCCAAAAUUGGCAGCACCGGUCGUGCCGCCCCCGACUCGUCCCACCCUGGCGACGGCCGCCGCGAGGACCACAUUCCGGUGUCGGACGGGACGACGUCUCCGGAUGACGCGGCUGUUCUGACCUCCGCCUCUCGUGGCACUGACGACGGAGCAGGCGAGGAGCGGCGCUCGAGCGUGGCUGGCUCUGCCCUUACUGCCAAAAAGAGGCCGCUGUUCUCCUACACGGAGCUCAGUGCUAUGGCCAUAGCGCAGUCACCAAACAGGAGGGCGAGGGUGUCCGAGAUCUACGCCUACAUCGUGAAGCGUUUCCCCUACUUCAAACGCAAGAAGAAGAUGCGGCAGAAAGCGUUGAGCAACAACCUGUCUCGUAACAGGUGCUUCAUCAAUGUGCCUCAGAAGGACAGCGCAGGGAAGGGCAACUACUGGAUGCUCGAUCCGAAAUACGAGGAAAAAUUGGAGAACGGUGAAUUCCGUCCCCGGGACAUGAAGCAGCUGUUGCACAGGGGCCUGGGAGUGUCCGUGCCCGGUCGCCGAGUGCACUCGGACCGUGGCCCCCGGCAGCGACGCCACACCGGCUCGUCGGAAGACGCCCGGCUGCCAGAGACCGGCGGAGGUGCCGCCGUACCACUUCCCUCGGGCCCGCCUUACACCAGGAACAUUGAUGCCAGCACAACCUCGACCGGUGUGUCGGCCUGUGAGGUUGGCAGCACUGGCCAUUCUGCCCCCGGCUCAUCCCACCCAGGCGCAGACCAUCACGCGAAUGACAUUCCGGCAGUGGACACGACACCAUCGAUCAUAGACGUCGGUACUCCGACCUCCGCAUCCGAUGUCACCGCCGACAGUAACGGUGGUGGCACUGGUGGUGCCCGUGGGGCGGGCGAGGGGCAUCUCCUCGGUGACACUGACACCACCCGUACUGCCGACGAUAGGCCGCCGUACUCCUACAAGGUGCUCAUUGCAAUGGCAAUAGCACAGUCACCGCACAGGAGAUCGACAAUGUCGGAGAUCUACGGCUACAUCUCGAACCACUUCCCGUACUUCAGACGCAAGAAGAAGAUCUGCCAGAACUCGAUACGCUGCAUCCUGUCGUCCUACAAGUGCUUCGUCAAAGUGCCGCCAGAAAGCGGGGAUUGUAAUAGCGCGUACCGCAACUACUGGAUGCUCGAUCCACAACACGGGGACAUGUUGGAGAACAGAAAAUGCCGCUCCCGGGGCGUGAAGCGGCCAUUCCGCAGGGGCUCGGCAGCGUCGGUGCCUCUGCGCCACGGCCAACUCCGACACCACAGCCACCGACCCCACCAGCCGCAACACCACACUGGCGUGUCGGAGCGGCCCCAGCUGCUGGAGACUGGAGGGAGCACCGUUCCACACCCCACCUACCCGCACUACACCAGGUACGAGAACAGCUCACUAGACUGUAGUGUGACCGUAUCCUCAGAAACUUCAGAUUUCACAUCACGUUUUUGUUAA